GAUCUUCACAUUUUGACGUCCGUUGUCCUUUGUGCAUACACAUGAAUCAAAACACUCAAUGAAGGGGCUGGCCUCCACAGAAAUCCAUCACCGCAAAACUGAGGGCAUGUAAUCGAUAAAAGGCAAGAAAGCAGAGGAAAGGACACAAACGGCAGGUCCAUCUUACACACGAGUCACUCAGAUGAUAGCCAGCAGCCGCAGAUGAUAGCCAGCAGCCGCAGCUCGAUGAACCUGUCCUCCCCAGCGGAAUACACCUUGCCCGGCACCAGCAGACGCCGCACCUCCCCCACACACAUCGACAGGAUCGCCUCCCGACGCCACUCGUUCAUAUCCCCCAUGUCGCCCACGCGGCCCUCCUGGCCCAGCCCCUCGCAAAUCUUGUCCUCGCCGUCGAACCCAUCGGCCCACCCCACUAUGUCGUACCUCACCGUCUGCUCGCGAGACGGCGGUUCGCCGCUGCCCCGUGCGACCACCUGGUGGCGCGUGCCGGACGGGAACCGGAUGAAGGCAGCGCUGCAUAUGAAAAGGAACAAACAUAGCAGGCACAGCACGACGGAGCGUUUGCAGUUAAGGCGGGAGCCCUUCUCUCUCCUCCCUCUCACUUGGUCUCGACGAGAAGAGCGGUGGGUCUGCCGUCGGUCUUGACGCCAUACAUGUCGGCGUUGAUGCUAAAGGCCCUCUGCGCCGCCACAGUGUCGGUCAUCGUCAGCGGCACACCCGCCUCAUCGGGCGAGGCGCCGAGCCGUUUGCGGCGAUAGUGGUCGACCAGCCGACUCAUGUGGUCGGGCGGGACGUCCUCCACUGGCCUGGACCACCUGAUACCACAGACACACACGCGCGCAGCAUAUGUGCCUGGGUGCUCUGUCUCUUUCCAAGGCUUGCUCACAUAUCAAUGCGGUUCCGAAGUUUGUCGCUCAUUUCGUCGACGGUCGAUUGUGUGGUGGCUAUUGUCUCUCCGCACAUCUCCACGGAGCGAAUCACUUCAUCGCCACUCACAGGUCGCAGAAACGGCGUGACUGCCUGAUUACACACACACACACACACACACAGAGAGAGAGAGAGAGAGAGAGACAAAGAGAGAGAUGUAGAGAUCUGCCUGUUGCCUUCCGUUUGAGCACCCUUGUCAUGUCACCUCUGCUUCGGUCAUGAGCUGCUCGUAUCGGAUCUUCUCUGCGCCAAGCUCUCCCUCGAGCUUGCUCUUCUUGUCGUGGUAGGCCUUGAGCACGUCAUUGAGGGCCGUGACGAGUCCGCUGGCCGUGCUGGGGAUGCCCUCCGCCGGCACCGAUGGCGGCUGCCUGACCGCCGGCAGCUGCUCACCCUUGCCGGCAGGUGUCUGGCUGAGGUUGAUGGACGAGAGGAGCUUCUUGAUCCAGAAGUCAUGCAGACCUGCUCGCACACACACACACACACACAUGCAAGAUCCCGAUACGAGCACUUUGGCCCUGGACUUUGGCUGUCCAUCGUGCCUUUGUGUUGACGCUUCUCCGCCUCGGUGAGCAGAUGAGAGAUCCAGAACCCAUCCCGCCCGCCAUCGCGUGUCGCCUGCUGGACAGCCCUCCCCUCCAAGAUGGCCUUGUGGAUGAUCCUGAAGGCAUCCGCGUCCACAUCAAGGAACAUCCGCUGACUGUCGUCUUCGAUGAAUAAGCCAUCCCAUCUCCCAGAGAACAGCGCCCCCAGCAGAGUCCCCUCCACGCCCUCUCCCUCCGUCAGGUGCUUUCGCACAAACCGCCGCUCGGUGCCGCCCAGACUCAGCUGCAGCACGUCGUCAGGCGAGGCCGCUGAUGGGUCAGCGAUGCCGUGAGUGUGCAUGCAGCCUUCGACGCUCUCCUGCAUUGCGAUGAUCUCCUGCUCCAGCGGCUUGAGGCUCUCGCACAGGCGCACCACUGGCACGUGCAAGUGCGACAGAAUCGAAUGCUCGGUCAGGCUGUCGCUGUCCAUGUGCCGACAGCGACGCCCCAGCUGCAGAAAGACAGAUUCUGAAAGAGCAACACAUGCAUGCGUCAAGCGGCUGCACUUGCGUGCGGCUUACCUGCUGAUGAUCUCCCGGUCUGUUCUCGCCUACACAACAGACGAUUGCAGGCCGUGCGUCAUCUGCCGACAAUACAGCAACAAAGCCAUUCAUAAAGAUUCACUCAGGUCAGUGUUGAGGGCUUCAUUGUCACGUGUUCUACCUUCUGAAGGCAUGAAAGGUCCUGAUUUCCUGGGACUUU